GGGGGGGGGGGGGGGGGGGGGGGGGGGGGUGGCAACCGCCCGUUCAUGUUCUGGGGGCAUUAGGAUGUAUGAUUAUUAGAGGAACUCUUAAGGGGAAGGGAGGGAGGAGACAAUGGGAAUGAAAGUAAAAUUAUUAUAAUAUGAAUAUGAAUGUGAUUGUGAAUGUGUAUGUAUUAUGAAUAUGAAUGUAAAUUUGAAUGUAUUAUGAAUAUAAAUGUGAUUAUGAAUUUGGAUUUUGACAGUGUAACUGUUCAGUUUAUUUCUCUUUAUCUCCACAAAGCCCACAUGUCCUUUUUAAAACUGAAGCUCUAUUUAAAUUUGAUAUUAUAUGUCUGUGUGUUCUGGGUGUUAAACUGGUGCUGAUUCUGUGUAGUAUUUUGCAUAACAGCAGUCCUGUUUGACUGCGCAUGGCCCAUAACAAACUGCAAAUUUGGAACUCUUCAGUAGGAAACAAAAAUCCUUCUGUUUAUUCUGAUGAUAUCAACACUGAAACUCACAAUUUUUUUUGACAUUUAGUAGUACAGAUAACAUUUGUUUAAUUUGUAUAAUAUUUGUUUAAUUGAUUACAUACCUUGCCUGAGGGUACAAUGGCAGCCCCCCAUCCAGGAAUCAACCCCACAAUUAUCCUUUUUCAGGAUCAGUUUUGAAAGGGAAAUGUAUAGGCUCCAUGCAAGUAGAUUAUUUCCAACAACAUUUUAUUGUGUGGGGGGUAUUGUGCCAACUGUAUUCGCAUCUGUGACGUUAAGUUUCUGGAAUCCUUGGAAUAUGACGGCAUAAGAAACAUAGCGAUGUCACAGACAAUAUGGUUGGAGAUAUACAUCGCCCUAUGGUUCCAGAAAUCCCAUUUGACCACUACGGUUUUCAGCAAGACGCCGAAAACCAGCAGCAGCUCGAGUUGCUCGAUCGUAAUUUCUUGAAUAAGUGAUAAAAUCAAGAACGAUCAGCAAUGGACGACAAUCUGGAAAAGGAGGGGAGGAAACGUCCCCCAGACCCGAGUGUUAAGCCUGCAGUGCCCUCUACAUCUAAGAAGAGGAAGACGGUGACAUCUACGGCCAAACAAGAUGCUGCUUCGCGGGUUACCAUCGAAUCGCUUCCGUCUGAGAUGGUGGAGCAUAUUUUAAGCUGGGCAUCUGUGGGCGACGUCAUGGCUUUCGGCGCGACCUGCCACGCCUUCCACCAGCUGAGCUUCAGUCCGGCGCUCUGGAAAGCGCUUUGCCGUCGCCAGGCAACGGGUCCACUCCCUGACGCCUCCUCCCCUGAGAACUGGAGGAGAACGGCCAUCUUGAAAUACUCCCAGGCUCUGUACCUGCACUCCCUGGGCGGGGGUGUGGGCCGAACAGCCCCCCCUGUGACCCUGGCGCUGACCCCUCGCCUGGCGCUGGGGUUGAAGCGCAUCCUGCCCACCUGUGAUAACCACUUCCUGUGGGACGAGCGGGGCACGGUGUUCACGCUGAGCGACUCGGUCACGCUCUCUCCCAGCGGCCAGCUGGUCUGGAGCGAGGCCAGCCGCAGCACGGUGCUGUGCCGGAAACGCUAAGAUGUAACAGUGGACCCCCGCAGUGACGUGUCCCACCGACAGUACGUGUACGUCCUGGUGACCCGCCCCCCCAGCGUUUUGGCGGGGGGCCGCCCAGGCAGCUCUGUAACCCUGAAGCAGAGCGACAGCGUGGAGAUCUACC